AAAGGCGAAAGGUGAAAGCUUUUCUUCUUCUUUGAGACUUGGGACUUGGGAGUGUGUGAGAGAGAGAGAUGCAUUGGAUUGCCACGAGAAACGCCGUCGUUUCAUUGCCCAAAUGGCGUUUCCUCUUCCGGUCCUCAUAUCGCACUUACUAUUCCCUCAAACCCUCCUCCCCAAUCCUACUUAAUAGAAGGUACUCUGAGGGGAUAUACUGUCUCAGAGAUCGAAAGGCUCUUAAAGGUAUCACAACGGCUUCUAAGAAAGUUAAGACGUCAAGUGAUGUUCUCACUGACAAAGAUCUCUCUCAUUUGGUUUGGUGGAAGGAGAGGUUGCAAACAUGUAAGAAACCAUCUACUCUUCAGCUUAUUGAAAGGCUUAUGUACACCAAUUUAUUAGGUCUGGACCCUAGUCUGAGGAACGGAAGUCUAAAAGAUGGAAACCUCAACUGGGAGAUGUUGCAGUUUAAGUCAAGGUUUCCACGCGAAGUUUUGCUCUGCAGAGUAGGAGAAUUUUAUGAGGCUAUUGGAAUAGAUGCUUGUAUACUCGUUGAAUUUGCUGGUCUCAAUCCUUUUGGUGGUCUUCGGUCAGAUAGUAUUCCAAAGGCUGGAUGCCCAAUUGUGAAUCUUCGACAGACUUUGGAUGACCUGACACGCAAUGGUUAUUCGGUGUGUAUUGUGGAGGAAGUUCAGGGACCAACACAAGCACGUUCUCGUAAAGGUCGAUUUAUUUCAGGGCAUGCACAUCCAGGAAGUCCUUAUGUAUAUGGACUAGUUGGUGUUGACCAUGAUCUUGACUUUCCUGAGCCUAUGCCUGUUGUUGGGAUAUCUCGUUCAGCAAAGGGGUAUUGCAUGAUAUCUAUUUUUGAGACUAUGAAAGCAUACUCGCUAGAUGAUGGUCUAACAGAAGAAGCCUUGGUUACCAAACUCCGCACUCGUCGCUGUCAUCAUCUUUUUUUACAUGCAUCAUUGAGGCACAAUGCAUCAGGUUUUGCAUAUUAUCUAUUAUUCUACAUUAUAUAA